AUGGCCGACGACAUGGAUCCUGCUCGCAUCGCCGAGAUUGAAGACGUUCAAGAUGAUAUCGCUUUUAACAUAGGCCUUCUUGAAAGUCUGAACGACCUGGAGGACGGUCAAUCUGAUACGGAAGAUUCCAAGAAUGUGGUACGAAACAACCUCGCGGAACUGAGGAAGCGUCUUUAUGCCCUGCAGCCGGCGCAUGAAGACACAAGCUCAGGAGGAAGUUUAUACAUGGGACUUGAUGGCAGCAAUGAUCAUGGCAUGCCUCCCCCAAGCUACGACCUGGCUACCCGCAAGCGACAAAGAGAUGGCCGUACCUUACGUGACGAUCGGUCGGGGCCGCCGGCAAAAUCUCGACGAACCACACCAAGCUCAUCUAUGACUACUGCAUCCUCCCCAGCUGAUUCUACGGGCAGUCUUGACAGUCUUGAUUUCGACGAUCCCUCCAUAACCUCAUUAUUCGACUUAUCCAAAGAAGAGGCAGCUCGGAAUCAAGAAGCUUGGAGGAAACACGAACAGCGGAGGAAGCAAGAAAAGGCAGAUGCCAGGCUCGCCCAAAUGCUGUCUCAGGAAGCGGACACGAGUAAUCGUUCCACAUCUACUCCCGCAGCUGGUUCUCCCCCUGAUCGUACGCAAGCAUUCUUCAAGAGUGAUGGCAGCAUGAACCGUCGCUCUGGCGUACCAAAUCCUUCAAGCCAACAGAGUCAGUCCACGUCCACGUCCAUGAAUCGGCCGCUGCCCCCCAGCACUCCUAUCAGACUCAAGCCAGUGUCAACUUUGAGUCGCCCCGGCGCAGCAUCCACCAGAUCUCCGUCUCGUCCCGGCUCCAGCACUCAAGUGACCCCGAACUCAUCUGCUUCCAACUCAAGACCUAGCCAACCUGUUCCCCCAGUGGAUGGAUUUGAGCCACGUCCGCCGCGUCCUUAUUCGAUAUCGACUAAUAUGCCCGGCAGCUUUCCAGGGACGCAAGCUUACUCUAGCGUUGGAGGAACUUUGGUGUACAACUCACCUUCCUAUGUUGCUUCCAGUGCCACGCCAGGCUCGACAUCCUCAGUCACGUUCAAUAACUCCAUUCCGACGGGGUUGAGCUUCCACCAAUAUUUGGUAGACCCGGCCCAAACCAAGCAGGAAGUCCAGCACCUGAUCAAGCACAUAAGACCGGACGAGGAGUUUACUGCGAAUGAGGUUGCCGUGCAGCCGGAUGGGAUCACGGUGACCAUGAUGCCCCACCAACUCUACGGCUUAACCUGGAUGAAAAAAAUGGAGGAAGGCACCAACAAGGGCGGCAUCCUUGCUGAUGAUAUGGGAUUGGGCAAGACGAUUCAAAGCAUCGCGCUCAUGCUAGCUCGACCACCAGCUGAUGGCAAACGCCGCCCCACUCUCGUGGUCGCCCCAGUCGCACUCAUGCAUCAGUGGAAGAAAGAGUUGGAGAAGAUGGUUGAUCGAGCACAUCGCCUCAAUGUCUUCGUCCUUCACGGAGAGAGCAGGCGGACAACUUGGUCAGCAUUAAAGGCAUACGAUGUCGUCCUCACGACGUAUGGUCUGUUGACUACUGAGCUGAAGCGCCAAAUCGCCUGGGAAGAGAAAGCGAAACUCUUCGAGAAUGCACGACCGACACUUGCCGAAGAGUGUCCCGUCCUUGGCGAGCGCUCUCACUUUCACCGCGUCAUUCUCGACGAAGCGCAGUGGAUUAAAAAUAGGAAGGCGAAAUGUGCCAUUGCUGCUUGCCGCAUCCAGACCGACUACCGCUGGGCUCUCACUGGCACGCCGAUGCAGAACUCGGUUGAAGAAAUGUACAGUCUUGUCAAGUUCUGCCGGAUCCGACCUUACAAUGAAUGGAAUCUUUUCAACAGAGACAUCUGUCAACCACUGAAGAAAACCCGCGACUACUACGGCGGCAAGGCCAAGGCUAUGCAAGCGUUACAAGCGCUACUCCGAGCGAUAUUGCUGCGACGUAACAAGAGCUCCACGAUAAAUGGCCAACCUAUCCUCCAGCUUCCCUCCAAAACCACCAUUGAGGAGAGGGUGACUUUCUCCGAGGACGAGCUAACUUUCUACAAGGCCCUCGAGAAUAGAGCGCAGAUCCAGUUCAACAAAUACAUCAAGGCUGGAGGAGGUGGCAUAGGCAAGAACUAUGCCCACACGCUUGUCCUGUUGUUGCGGCUCCGACAAGCGUGUUGCCAUCCCGCUCUGGUGGUGCAGAGCAAAGACUUUCUGCAAGGGGCAGGCAGUUUGGAUACCGACACUCUCCUCGAGAAUGCUGCGCAGUUGAACAAGGAAGUCGUCAACCGCUUGAAGGAUCUGGAUGCUUUCGAAUGUCCCAUCUGUAUGGACGUGGACGAAAACCCCGCCUUGUUCCCUUGUGGCCAUGCAUUAUGCAGCGAUUGCCUGAGUCGCUUGGUCGAGCAGGCGAACAAUGAAAAUGAAGCCCGCCCCAACUGUCCUCACUGCAGAGCUUCCAUCGAUGCGAACAAAAUCACCGAUGUGGUUAGUUUUCUUCGUGUUCAUCGCCCGGAUCGUGCGCCGAAAGAAACAAAGGCAGGGAUGGAUGAUGAUGACGACACCGGAUCCGAGUCCGAGUCUGACGAUUCCGAUGAAGGCGGUGAUCUGGGCGGCUUCAUCGUUCCUGACGAUUUCACAGAGGCUGAGGACAAGAAGCAAAUCAUCAAAUCUCGAAAGGAGAAGAAAGAAUCCGACUCGCAAGACAACUUCAAGUCCAGAGAUGCAUUCAAGACGCUAGCACAGCUUCGCAAAGAAGGCCUGCAAAACAAAGCUGCCAAACGCAAGUAUCUCCGACGAUUGCGCAAAAAUUUCGAGCCUUCGGCAAAGAUCACAAAGACCGUUGCACUUCUCGAACAGAUCAAGAGUCGAGGCGAGAACGAGCAGAGCAUCAUAUUUUCUAACUUCACCUCAUUUCUUGAUUUGAUCGAAGUCCCGCUUGCGAACCACCCAGAUUUCCGCCACUACGUCCGGUAUGAUGGAUCUAUGACAACCAAAGAUCGUAAUAACGCCGUCCUUGAGUUCACCGAGAACCCCAACUGCAAUGUCAUCCUUGUUAGUCUCAGGGCUGGCAAUGCGGGCCUCAAUCUUACGGCGGCGAACCAUGUGUUGAUGAUGGACCCCUUCUGGAACCCGUUUGUCGAAUAUCAAGCAGCCGACCGUUGUUACCGAAUUGGUCAGACCCGCGAAGUUACAGUCCAUCGAGUCUUGAUCAGUGAGCAUGGUUCCGAGGACGAUCAGCCGAGUGCAAACAAAGCAGGGCCAGGAAGCAAAGUCACUAUACAGCCGAGCACCGUCGAGGACGGGCCAGGAUUCACCGUUGAGGAUCGAAUCUUAGCCCUCCAGGAGAAGAAGCGCCACCUCGUUGAAACUGCACUGAGCGAGUCAGCUGGUCGCGACGUUGCUAGACUCAGCGUCCGAGAGCUUGGCUAUCUCUUCGGUCUCAACAGCAUGUAA